AACUUUGCCAUUUUUGGAGUAUAGGGGCUUGAAAAAUCUCAAUCGGAUACAGCCUCUAAAACCUACAUACUGGUAACUGGGUAUUUGGCGCGCAAACCCUACUGCCUACUUGUCCUCUACUCUUCUUCUCUACAAAUGCAGUGACACCUGUUCGUUUUCCUCCGUACGCUUCUUUUUCUUCUCUUCGCGCAAACAAUCGUUCACUUCGAUUCUAGUUCUCCAAAGGGAACAUUCUAGAAUGAAGCGUGCAAGAACUACAGAAGAUUCUACCUUUUCUAGGGUUUCACCAUCUCUUGAAGCUGGAAUCAUCAAGAAGCUUCGGUUAGAGAAUUUUAUGUGCCAUUCAAACCACGAAACUGUAUUUGGAAACCACGUUAAUCUCAUCACUGGUCAAAAUGGAAGUGGUAAAAGUGCAAUACUUACUGCAUUAUGUGUUGCAUUUGGUUGUCGAGCUAAAGGGACUCAAAGAGCAUCUACUUUGAAGGAUUUCAUUAAAACUGGUUCUAGUAAUGCUGUCAUCCAUGUUGAAAUUCAAAAUGAAGGAGAGGAUGCUUUCAAGCCUGAAAUAUAUGGCGAUGUUAUCAUUGUAGAACGUAGGAUAUCUGAAUCCACAAGCUCUAUUAUAUUGAAAGAUUGCCAAGGAAGGAAAGUUUUCAAUCGGAAAGCAGAUCUACUAGAAAUCAUUGAACAUUUCAAUAUUGAUGUGGAGAACCCGUGUGUGAUUAUGAGUCAAGACAAAAGCCGAGAAUUUCUGCAUUCCGGGAAUAACAAAGAUAAAUUUAAGUUCUUUUACAAGGCCACACUUCUUCAGCAAGUCAAUGAUCUUCUGGAAAGCAUUUCUGCUGAAAUAACCUCUGCACGUUCAAUAGUUGAAGAUUUAGGGUCUGCAAUAAGACCUAUAGAGAAAGAACUCAUUGAGCUGCAAGUUAAAAUUAAAACGAUGGAACAUAUUGAACAAAUUUCUGUAGAGGUUCAGCAAUUAAAAAAGAAACUUGCAUGGUCAUGGGUUUAUGAUGUGGACAAGAAACUCGAGGAUCAAAAUGUAAGGAUUCAAAAGCUGAAGGAUCGGGUUCCUUUAUGCCAAGCUAGGAUUGAUAAACAACUGCAUCUGCUUGAUAAAUUAAGUGAAAGCUGCUCUAAGAAGAAAGCUGAAAUUGAAAGUAUGAUGUCAUCCCAAGUUAAACAAAUGAAGGAAAAUUUGAGCCACUCUAUGUCCUUGGCAAAAAAAGAAGCAUUUGCACUUCAGCAAGACAGCAAAUGCAAAGCUAGUAAAAUACAGAAGAUGGUACAACAGCUCAAAACGCUUGAACUACAAGUGCAGGAUAUUCAUGAGCAGCAUGUGAAAAAUACCCAGGCCGAAGAAUCUGACAGGGAAGAAAAACUGAAGGGGCUUAAAGACGAGGUUAAAGCUGCUGAAUCAGAAUUGGAAAGAUUGAAAGAAGCAGAGGCUACAUUAAUGAACGACAUUAAUAGGCAAAAUGACGACAUCCGAAGCAUUGCUAAUAAGAUCCAAGAUCAUGAAAAGAAGUAUAGUGAUAUCAUCUAUAAUCUUCGUGGUCUUCAACAACAACAAAGCAACAAGAUCACAGCAUUUGGAGGAAAUAAAGUGUUGAGUUUGUUAGAAAAAAUUGAGAGAUGUCAUCGAAGGUUUAAGAUGCCUCCCAUUGGUCCAAUUGGCGCCCAUCUGAAGUUGCUUAAUGGUGAUAAAUGGGCGGUUGCUGUUGAAUAUGCCAUUGGGAGAUUGCUCAAUUCUUUUAUAGUGACUGAUCACAAGGACUUUCGUCUUCUGAAACAAUGUGCGAAGGAAGCAAAUUAUGGUCAUCUUCAAAUUAUUAUUUAUAAUUUUUCAACCCCAAGGUUGAUGAUACCAGAGCACAUGCUUCCUAAUACAAACCAUCCAUCAACACUUUCCAUCUUACAAUGCGAGAAUCACACUGUGUUUAAUGUCCUAGUGGAUCAGGGAAAUGUUGAGAGACAAGUGCUUGUUAACGACUAUAAUACUGGGAAAGUGGUUGCAUUUGAGGAAAGGAUCCGAAAUCUGAAGGAGGUCUUUACUGUGGAUGGAUGUAAAAUGUUUUCUCGAGGUCCGGUAGAGACAACUCUUCCUCCAAAGAGGAACCAAGUAUAUGGUCGUCUAAGUAGUUCUGUUGAAGGUGACAUUGAGAAACUUCAUAAUGAUGCAUCUAAUGAACAAAAAGCAGCAAAUGACUAUAAAAGGGAUAAAAGAGGUGCAGAGGUCAAGCUUGAGGAUCUUGACAAGAAGAUGAGGUCUAUAAAGAUAUUACGUGUUGAUGCUGGAAAAAGUUUUUCUUCGAAGAAGCUAUUUUUGGAGGAUGCAAUGCUUCAACAAGCUGCUGAAAGUAGCCUGCCACCUUUGUCCUCAGUUGAUGAGAUUGGUGAAGAAAUUUCAGAAAUAAACAAAAAAAUAAAAGAAGAGCAGGUGUUGUUAGAAGGCCUUGAGAAGAGGAGGCUUGAAGCAGAGAGAAAAGCUAGUGAUCUUAAAGUAAAAGUUGACGAAUUGUGUGAAUCAGCGAACCAUGAACAUGCUUCCCUUGAGAAAGCUGAGACUGAACUUCUAGAGAUUGAGAGACAAAUAGAUUCAGCGAAGGAGACGAAGGUUCACUACGAUAAUGUCAUGAAAGACAAGGUCCUGCAUGAUAUUAAGGAGGCAGGGAAGCACUAUCUAGAGCUUACAAAAAGGCGUGAGGAAAAUUUUGAAAAGGCUUCCGUAAUUUGCUGUCAGAAUGAACUUGCUUCAUUAGGAGGUUGUGAUGGGAUUACCCCAGAGGAAAUCAGUGCCGAAUUAGAAAGUCUUAAUCGCACACUUAGACGUGAGAGCCUAAGAUACUCUGAAUCAAUUGAUGAUCUACGGAUGUUAUAUGAGAAAAAACAACGGAAGAUUAUAAAAAGGCAGCAAGUUUAUAAAGCCCUUUGUCAGAAACUAGAUGCUUGCCAGAAUGCUUUAGAGUUUCGAAGGAGAAAGUUUCAGACAAAUGCAGCCAAUCUCAAGCAGCAACUGUCUUGGAAAUUUAAUGGCCAUUUGAGGAAAAAGGGGAUCAGUGGACUUAUCAAAGUUGAUUAUGAAAAUAUGGCCUUAUCGGUUGAGGUACAGAUGCCCCAAGAUACAUCAAACAGAGCUGUUCGGGACACAAGGGGGCUUUCAGGUGGGGAGCGCUCCUUUUCAACUUUGUGCUUUGCAUUAGCCCUUCAUGAAAUGACAGAGUCCCCAUUUAGAGCAAUGGAUGAAUUUGAUGUCUUUAUGGAUGCAGUAAGCCGAAAAAUUAGCAUGGACACUCUGAUUGAUUAUGCUGCGGCACAAGGAUCCCAGUGGAUAUUGAUCACCCCGCACGAUACUAGCUUGGUUAAGGGAGGAGGCAGGGUAAAGAAGAUGCAAAUGGCAGCUCCCCGUUCUUGAUCAUAUGUGUGAUUUUCUUUAUUUAUGACAACUUGAAGCCUAUUUGUGAAAAUCUUUUUAGAUUCUCCAUCUGUAAUUUAUUUAUUUAUUCUUUUUUAUUAGGUUUCAUUUCUAAUUAUGUUUUUAUUGUGUUAGUGAGAGCUUGCUUGUUGAAGCAAAAGCAUACAUUUAUAGUCAUAUUUUUAAUUAAUGUAAAUAGUUAAAUUAUUUACAAGUCA